AUGGAAGAUGGCACAAAGAAGAUGCUGGUUGCGCGUCUUGCCGCACUUGUUGUCUAUCACUCGGACGCACAACGCUCGCGGUGCACCCGCCACUCCUGCGUGAUGAUGGGAUGUCGAGGUAUCUCGGACAUCUCGUUCGGAGCCCCUUCCCUGGCCGAUGUCUGGAAGAUGUCACAAGCCCGUCUGCAAAUAUUCGGGCUGCGGUUCAACCGCCGCGCCAGGGUGCCGGGGCAGCUCGUGCAAAGCAGGCAAAGUUCUUGCCACGUGCUGCAGGGCCCGCGCGCGCAGUGCCCCAGGCGCCCCCAAGGCAUUUUGACCCUCCCCUCCUGA